CUUUCUCGAAAUACGCGCACUUACAGACGUUUCAACUUUCAACAAUAGUCUAUACUCACUCGGUCACUCUUCUAAUGUCAGUUAUCUUAUCAAAUUGAGUUAAGUAGGGUUUUGGAAUCCGGAUUCAGAAGCGCCGGCUUAUAAACUUGCUGGUUACUACACCGUUCCCUCUCUCUCUCUCUCUCUCUCUCCUUUGCUUCAACCCUCGUUCUCCGAGUUGCCUUUUCUUUUUGUUUGUUCCCUUUUCUCCGCGUUUCUUUACUGUGAUACCAUUUUCCGCGGGACUAUCAUAUUCAGCAAUGAGCCGAUGAUCGGACGGAAUUCCAUCUGAGGGAAUAGUUCUUCUUGAAGAGCGAGUAACAACUAUUACAUUUCACACUUCAAGUGACUGGACUAGCUCUCUGGGGUCUUGGGAUGGGUAGACUGGGUACGAUCCUAAUUCUUGGCAUUCUUUUGCACGGAGUUGCUGCCUUCAGACUCAGCCUGUGUUCUCAUGCUAUCUGGUCCGAGAUUUUACCAGCACACUAAGUAAUGGCUCCUAAUCAUUGGAUGCUGUAAAUAAGAAUAAAGAUUUUAAGUGCCAUCAAAAUAUCUGUGGGUACAAAGCACAAAUAUAAGGAACCACUAGGAAAUGAAUUCAAAGAAAAUUGAUGGCAAUUCACUGGACAAAGGAAAAAGUCCUCAAAAUGGGACUUCUUCUGCUGUUGGUUUCGGUAAUAACAGCCCCAAAGUUGACCAGCUUAGCUGUGACGUGGCUGACAUAAGCUUGGAAUCUACAGAAGAUGGAAACUGGGAGGUCUUUGCAAAGAAAUCAAAGAAUCGAUCUGGAACUGGUGCCGGAAAAUCAUGGGGUUCUCAGGGUUCUGCUCCUAAAGCCUGGGGCAGUGCAGAUACAAUUCAUAAGCUUGGCAUGGCCAGCAAUGGUGGAACAGGAUGGGCUAGCAAGGGUGGCAGUGGUGGAAUGGGUAAGGCUUCUGGGGGUACGUGGCAUGUCCAAACUUCUGAUUCUAAGAGAUCAACUGGAAGAGGUAAUGCAAAACCUCAAUCAUCUAAUAAGAAUUGGGAAACUGCUUAUAUGGCACCUCCACCUGUUAUACCUCCCCCUUUACAGAAUGGGUGGCAAUGGCCUGCAAGAAGCAGCUUGCAAUCUAAUGCUUCAGAAGAUGUGCAGAGCAAGGGCAACACCAUGUCAAAGGUUCCUGGUGGUUCUGCUGGAGAAGAUUUUGGGCAUGACAUGGGUGAUCCACACCCUGGUGAUGAUGACGACGAUGAUGCUGAUAUUGCAGAUGAUAGUGAUGAUGAUAAUUUCAGUGAUGAAUUUGAUUCCGAUGCAAGCCAAGAAAGCCAUGAGACACGCAAGAAGAACAAAUGGUUCAAGAUCUUCUUUGAAUCCUUGGAUAAUUUGACUGUUGAACAGAUAAAUGAGCCACAAAGGCAGUGGCACUGCCCAGCCUGCAAAAAUGGCCCUGGUGGUAUUGACUGGUAUCGUGGAUUGCAGCCUCUAAUGACACAUGCGAAGACUAAAGGUGCCAAAAGGGUAUUACUCCAUAGGAAAUUUGCUGAAGUGUUGGAGGAGGAGCUUGCAAGGAGGGGAACGUCAGUCAUACCUUCUGGGGAAGCCUAUGGGAAGUGGAAAGGUCUUGAAAAGACAGUUGCUGAUAAAGAAAUAGUUUGGCCACCAAUGGUUGUUAUUAUGAACACAAGGCUUGAGAAGGAUGAGAAUGACAAGUGGAUAGGCAUGGGUAAUCAAGAACUACUCGAUUAUUUUAGUUCAUAUGCUGCAGUGAAAGCUCGCCAUUCUUAUGGUCCACAAGGGCACCGGGGAAUGAGUGUCCUGAUAUUCGAGACCUCUGCAGUAGGCUAUUUAGAAGCUGAACGCUUGCACAAACAUUUUUCUGAUCAAGGAACAGAUAGAGAGGCUUGGGAUCGUCAUCGUGUGCCCUUCUUGGCAGGUGGGAAACGCCAGCUGUAUGGUUACAUGGCAUGCAAAGACGAUUUGGACAUCUUCAACCAGCAUUGUCAAGGUAAAACAAGAUUGAAAUUUGAAAUGAGGUCUUACCAUGAAAUGGUUGUGGAACCAAUGAAACAAAUGAGUGAAGAUAAUCAACAACUAAUCUGGUACAAGAACAAGGCUGACAAAGAACGGAGGAAUAAUAAGGCUCUUAAGGAGAGUUUUGGGAUAGUGAGUGAGAAGCUUCGAAAGACCAUGGAAGAGAAUCGCAUUGUGAGGCAGAGAACAAAAAUGCAACACGAACAAAAUAACGAAGAGAUGAACUUCCAAAGGCAAUUCUUUGAGGAUCAGAUCAGCAUUAUUCAUCAAGCUCUAGAGGAAAAAGAAAAAAAUUUUGAGCAACUGCUACAGGCAGAAAGGGAAAAAUUCAAGCAAUCAAAUCAGAAUUUCAGGAACAAAGAGGAGCAGAAGCUGAGGAAUGCGGAGAUAGCAAGAUUUAUCCAAUCCCAGGAAGCAGGAAUUGAGAAAUUUGAAGCAGAAAGAGAGAAACUAAUAAAAGCGCAUGAAGAUAAGAAGGCUGAGAUGAAGAGGAAGCAUCUUGAAGAAGAGGUUGAGGUAGAGAGGGAAUUUGAAGCUGCAUUAACUGGACUCAUGGAACAAUACACUCCAAGUGGUAGCAGCAGCUCUUGAAAGAAAGUUAGAGACACUGGCUGUCGUUCUUCAAUGUAAUAUGCUAUAGUGAAAAGGAUAGCAAGUGCACAUCUUACACGGGAGAUUUUCCUGCUCAUUUUCUUGUCUGCACCCAAAGCUGAACCAAUACACAUCUAGACUUAAUGGACUAAGAAAACAAAAAUCAUUUUCUUUUUAUUAUGGAAAAGUUGACAGUAAAUAUCAUAUACAAACAGAACCUAGGUUUCAAAGUGGGAAUGCUCAUUUGGUUCACCCAACCACAACAUUUGCUAAUAUUUUAAUUGAAAUUUAUUUUGGUCGUCCAGUUGGUUGGA